UGCAUUUUAUGUUUCAGGCUCAGCUGCCUGUAUACCUCCUUGGAUUCCACACAUUCCCAUCACUGGGCUGAGAUCCCACCAUGCAGCGGAGACAAAGGGGCCUUAACGUUGGGCUUCUUCUGCUCCUUUCGCAAAUCUUCCACGUCGGGAUCAACAAUAUUCCGCCUGUCACCCUGGUGACUCUGGCUGUCAACAUCUGGUUCUUCCUGAGCCCUCUGAAGCCGCUGUAUAGCUCCUGCCUUAGCGUGGAGAAGUGUUACCAGGAGAAAGACUGGCAGCGCUUGCUGCUUUCCCCCUUUCACCAUGCAGACGACUGGCAUCUGUAUUUCAACAUGGUGUCCAUGCUGUGGAAGGGAAUCCACCUGGAAAGAAGACUAGGAAGCCGAUGGUUUGCCUGCGUUAUCACCACGUUCUCCGUCCUCACGGGGCUGGUGUACCUGCUCCUGGAAUUUGCUCUGGCAGAAUGCAUGGGUGAGCCGGGCUACAAAAGGAGCUGCGCGGUAGGCUUCUCAGGAGUUUUGUUUGCUUUGAAAGUUCUUAACAACCAUUAUCACCCUGGAGGCUUCAUCAACGUUUUGGGCUUUUCUGUACCCAACAAAUUUGCUUGUUGGGCAGAACUUGUGGCGAUUUACUUUCUCUGUCCCGGGACCUCCUUCGCUGGGCAUCUGGCCGGGAUUCUUGUUGGACUCCUGUACACUCACGGGCCCCUGAAGAAAGUCAUGGAAACCUGUGCAGGCAUUUUUUCCUCCAAUCAUGGUUACCCACGACAGCAAUACUACUUUAAUAAUUCAGGCUACACUGGAUUUCAGGAUUAUUACCCACAGGGAAGGCCAGGGUUCCAGGAAGACGUGCCCAGGAACUAUGACGCAUACACGGCAGGACUGAGCGAGGAGGAGCAGCUGGAGAGAGCGCUGAGAGCCAGCCUCCAGGACCGAGGAAACAGCAGAAACUCGCCCCCGUCCUAUGGGUUCCGACUGUCACCAGAAGAAAUGAGGAGAACACGGCUGCACAGGUUCGACCGCCAGUGAGGACACCUAGCAUCUUGGGCAGACGUGGUCCAGGGGUGUAAUCAUUGCCCGUGUGUGGUUCCUCCCCAAACCCUGCUCACUUUAAACAGAAGCAGAGCGUGAGAUUAUCACCCUAGACUUCUCGGAUCCGCCCUGUCCCGUGGCCCGAAUCUAGAGUCACAGACCGGUUGGCCUGUCUUGAAACCAGCCUUGCUGAGUGCUGCCCACAGCUUCCUGGGAGCAGCCUCCCUCCUGGCCUUGUUUUCUCUCACAGACAAGGUCAGCGCCUCCAUGCGGGGACCAUGUCCACACUCCUCUCUCUGUCUACUCCACGGCGCCUAGGCCUUGUUUUGUUUUUGAUGACUCUGACCUUCACCGGGAGGUUUGUCUCCACCAGCUCUGAAGAUCAGGCUUUAUCCGCCUGCCGUGCUCCAUGGUCGACCUUGCAGGAAGUCGGGAGCUGUGCCUGGCCCUCCUGGCACGUUGCCUGACUCUCCAGGACCAGGAUGUGGCUCCCACAGCACUCUGUUCCUGUCUCCUUGUGCAGGAGCCCUGGCUCCUAGGGCCCCGGCGUCUCGGUGGCGUUGGCAAUGCCCUUAGUUUGGUCUUACAUUGCUCUCUGCCUUAUGGAACAUCUGACCAAAAAAGCUUCAGUGAAACCUCAAGUGGGGAAACCACACUCUACUAGGUAUCAGGCCAGCAGUUUGGGCAGCCUCGCCAGUGACCAUCUGUGCGCCUGGGAUGGGACCUGCAUUUGACCGUCAGCAAAGUGGCAGUAAGUGCCACAGGCAAAGUAGAGCCAAGGCAUUCAGUGGGAUGUUCACUGAGAAAUCGCUCUUGAAGUUUUUUCUCAUAAAAGUGCCUUUUCAUUGGCCACUAUAAUAGCCACUUGUCUACUCACGUGUCUAACACACUCCCCUGCUGUGCUGUCUGUCCAGGUCAUUUAAGAUGCUUCCUGGUGCUUGUGUUUCCUGAACAAAAGGACUGUCCGAUAUCACUGAUGUCUUAGUCACUGAGAUAUUUAUUUUUUAAAGAGUUGGAAGCAAAAAAAUUUCUAUUUCAGUUUAUCUAAGAUUUGUAUAGAGUUUUCUGAUUGUGAAAUUAAUAUACAUGUCCCUUGUAUAUACAUAAAGCAAACAUGCUAUGGAAGAAAAUAAGCCACAUGUUAACAAGUUACUUUGGGGAGAGGGGGUAUAUUGGAUUUUGCUAUCUGUUUUUUAUAAUUUUAUAUUGCUCUCUCAAAAACAUAUGUAUAUAUGUGUGUAUCACUUUUGCAACAAGAAAAUUGAUUUAUAUAAUACUAAAACAAUAAAUAUGUAAUCAAGAAAAUGGA